UGUGGAUAGAUCGCGAAACCCCGGCCUCACGACCAUCAUGAAGAACUAUGCGUCAAUCAGUCAAAAUGAAAGCAUCAAGUUGGAAAAUGCCGGCUGGAUUGUCGGCGACCAUUUCACCGAUGCCGAGGGCAAUUUCGACGUAUGCAUCCCUCUGAGGAUAUGCAUCGGAUUCGGGGAAGAUUUCCAGAAAAUUAUCGUCAAUUUGAGACAGGAGCUGGUACUUAUCCGCGGCUCCACUGAUACGAACGCCAUCGUGGGCGUUGCUGGCGACGAUGAGGGUCUCCGUGUACAACUACAGAGUGUUUCAUGGAAGGUGCCACACGUAUCGGUGGCUGAUGCGGAACGUUUGAAAUUGUUGAAAUAUAUCGACAGAAACGUAGAAUUGGCUGUGCCUUUCCGUAGCUGGGAACUGCACGAGUACCCCUUGCUUACCGAGACCCGGACACAUACUUGGAGCAUAAAAACUUCUUCACAGCUGGAGAAGCCUCGAUUCAUAAUUUUCGGCUUCCAAGUGGCCCGUAAGAAUAAGAUUGAUAAGGCCAUGAGCCAGUUUGAUCAUUGCAAUUUGACCAAUUUCAAGGUUUUUCUAAAUUCCGAUUCGUACCCGUACGAUAACUUGAAUGUGGAUUUUUCAAAGAAUUGUUAUGCCAUCCUGUAUGACAUGUAUGCUCAAUUUCAACAUUCAUACUAUCAGAAGGAUAGUGAGCCUUUUCUAACUACAUAUACGUACAAGUAUAUGGCUCCUCUGGUAGUCGUCGAUUGUUCCUGUCAGAAUGAGGUUCUAAAGUCGGGAACUGUGGACAUUAGACUGGAAUUCGGUACUAAUGACAAUAUCCCGAAGGAGACCGCAGCCUAUUGUCUUAUAAUUCACGAUAGGAUCGUGUACUAUAACCCUCUGACGAGCAUAGUUCGCACUUAUUAGCAUCAGCAGCUAUGUACAUAAUCGACUUGCAGGGAUUUCAAUACAAAAAAGAAUUGGCUUUCACGUGCAAGGAAAUUUCCAUUUUUAACAUUAACGACAAAUCCUGUGUGAAUAGAAUAGUCAAGCCCAAGAUUCCCUAUAAACAUCUCAGGGAGAGUGUAAAAAUCCAAAUCGACUGGACUGUGAAUCACGUACACGGUCUUAGAUGGUCGUCAUCGUGGGAUAAUUUACCGUACAGUGGACUCGGAGAUUUCAUAUCCGAUAGUGUGUUAGACGAGGAUCAGCCUGUCCUCGUGAAAGGAAUGGAGAAAAAGAGAUGGCUGGAGCCUCAUUUACCUAAUAAUAUUAUUAUUGACUUGGAGCCGUAUGGCUGUAGUAGAAUAAAAGAUUUAAUGUUAUCUAGCUUAAAAUUUCAUUGUAAUAGACAUAAAAUUAAUAAUUUACGCUGCACUAGGCAGAAUGUAUAUGCUAUAUAUAAAUGGUAUAUUGUUAAUAGAGAUAAGCUUGAUGAUUGUAUUUAUUUAUUUUAAAUAAAGUGGAAAAAUAUUGCUGAACUCUGUGUUUCAUUUCUCGAAUAGUGAGUGGGGUGGGGUGGGGAGAGAGAAGUAGUGGAGGGAGAGAGGGGAGUGAGACGCUAAACACGCGUCUGAUAGCAUAAAUCCAAUUCAUUGUAUUAGUAGCAGUAGCAGUAGCAGCAAUGAGUGAACACAGAGUUGUUAGUAUAAGUGAAUUGUUAAAGGGAGAAUUAUGCACAUGUAAAUUGUGCACCGUCCCACAAUAUGUGUGGGACAUAUUAAAUAUUAAAAUAAAUAAAGAGGAGGAGGAGAAGGAGGAGGAUGGACCUCCAAAACUAAUCCCAUUUCGGGAAAUAUUAAAAGACAAGGAGCUGUACCGUAGGCUAUUAGAAGCCCACGGAUGCCUGGAAACCACCACCAC